UUUAUGCCUUUAUAUUUUCUCCUACAAACCUUCGUUUUUUUUUUUCUCUCUGAAGAAACUCUCCCAAAGGAAAAAAGAAAAAAAGAAGGAAAAAAACAGCUUCUCUCUUCUCCACCGAUCACUUUCUCGAAUUUUCCAGGCCCUUUUCCUCCGGCCUGACGCUCUCUAACUCUUUCCAAAUCCGCUCCAUAUACGAUCCGAUCUGUCGCCUUCUUUCUUUCUUCGAUUCGAUCUUUGUUGUUCUUUCUGCACACUGUUACAGCUAAUAGCUUGUGCUUUAUUUCCUUGAUUCAAAUCUGAUUGGUGUAGUUGUAUGGUCAGGGUCACUAGAUGCCAGUUGCAAAACUCAAGGCCUCUAACUAUCCAGAUGUGAUGAAAUCGGAGGAGGGAAAUGAUUCUCUAGACACUAUUAUCAGACAGGCAAUCGGAAAAGAGCCUUUUCUUUCUUUCUCAAGAGCUGGUGAGAGUCCAGUCCAGUGGAUCCAAUUAUUUCAUGCUCUCGACCAACAAGAACUCCCAGGGUGGCCCUUGCUCUCUCCUUUAAAGGUUCAAAUGCAGAAGUGUGAGAAGUGUGCCCGGGAAUUUUGCUCAGUUAUCAACUAUAGAAGACAUAUACGAGUGCAUCAUAGGCUGAAAAAGCUUGAUAAGGAUUCUGCCAAAACUAGGGAUCUACUAGCAGCAUUCUGGGACAAGCUAUCCUGGGAAGAGACGAAGGAGGCUGUCUCAUUUAAGAAUGUUUCAAUUGAGGGAAUACAAGGGUCAGCUGUAAUCAAGAAUCUAACUGCUAUCAUUGGGAAACCAGGAUUUUCUGCCUUACCACAUGUUUAUUUGAGGGCAGGUUCUGCCCUUCUGGACAUUGUACAAGGUAGACCAUCUAGGUUUCCACUAUCUUCCCAGGAGUUAUUUGAAAUUCUUGACAAUGCAAGCGAAAAAACAUUCCUAUGUGGAACAGCUGUCUCGAUGCAAAAAUAUAUAUUUGAUGGGGAGGCUGUAAAGAUUGGUCUUGAAACUAAAAACUUAGUUGCUUGCAUGAGCUUCUUGUUGGAAGAGAAAUUGGUCAAAACAUGGCUUGCUGAUAAGGAUGCUGAAGCUUUACGGUGUCAAAAGUUGCUGGUAGAGGAGGAAGAAGCUGCUCAAAGGAGACAAGCAGAGCUGUUGGAAAGAAAAAGGCAGAAGAAGCUGAGGCAGAAAGAACAAAGGUCGAAGGAGCAAAAGCUUGAGGAGAAGCCUGAUAUUGAAGGGAGUGUAGAUGAAACAAUUGAAGACGUGUUAAUUGAAGAAUCAUCUAGCCCUCAGACUGAUUGCCAUUCAGAAAGGGACUCUCUGGGCAUAUUGCCUGAUCAUACUCCUUCGUCUAUUGAAACAUCUCAACAUUCUCUAACUGAUGAAGAUGAAGAUUCCGAGUCGCAUUCUGGGUUUCACAAUGGCUACCCUGAACAUUUUCCUUCUGAUCACAAUGGUGAACAGCAGAAAAUACAAAUGAAUGGCCAUAAGCAUGUAAUCUCCCAGUGGCAGGCAUUGCCUAAGACACAAAGGGGACUUUCUCAUGGUUUUCGUGCAGACCAGAAUUAUCAGGGACUCAAAAAUGGAGAUAUGCGAAGGCAUGGGAACCAUGUGCAAUCAAGGGUUGUGCCCAUCGUUAAUGGUAAAAAAGUAUGGAGCCGGAAACCAAAGCCAGAAAGAGAUGGAGAUCGUUUUCAGGCCAGGAUACAGGAAGAGACAACGGCCCAGGCAGAGGAAAUUAAGAGCCAUGAGGUUUUGAUUGGUUCUAUUUCCGUGGCAUUAGGAAAUUGCAAUCAAGAGAGUAAAGAUCCAGUCGGAACCCCAGAUGAUUGCCAGGAUGGUCAUCAAACGCCUAAGAAGAUCAAUAAUCAUUCGGAGAAAUUCAUCAAGCUGGAUUCUAUUCAAACUGCAACAAAUCGGGUGAUGGUUAAGCUUUGGAGGCCAGUUAGUCGUAAUGGAACCAAAUACGCAAUGCCAGAUCAAAGCGAAAAUGGUGAGUCUGAAGCUGAAGUGAUAACUGAAAAGAUAGAGGAUCAGGCCCUGCUGAAUUCAUAUUCUCCACAAUCCUUGGAUGGUGACACUGGAGACUUUGGAAACAACUCUUCGAUCCAGGAAGAACCUGCACAACCAGUUGGUUUGGAGUUCUCCAGUCGUGCUGCAAAAGCUUUCCUUGCACAAAGGUGGAAGGAGGCUAUAACAGCCGACCAUGUCAAAUUGAAUUUACCCUCAGAUUCUGAGUCUUCUGGAUGUUUUCAGAUGCAAAAUGACACUGAAACCUUUGACAGACGCAAUGUUGUUGUUGGCAAUACAAUUUUGAUUAACUUGGAGGAUCCCAAAUCCUCAGCCAAUGAAGCUGGAAAGACCACCAAGUUCAGGACAAAAUUUGAAAAGGGUGCGAAGAUAAAGUACAUUCCCAAACUUCGAACUACUACUACUACCUAAUAAUCAAGACAGGUGGGAUUUAACCCACGAGUUGUUUUUUUUACAUUCUUUGCAGAGCCAGUUUUACCAAUGGUCUUCUGUCUUGGAAGUUGAAAUUUUUCUCUCUUUUUUCCCCUUUUUUUUUCCUUUACUGGGAAAUCUUUUAUGAUUCUGUCAUUUCUGUCAGGUUGCUGCAGCAGAUUUGUUAGCGAGGAAAAUUCCUUAUUUUUGUUAUAAUUUCUUAGAUGUUCCUGUAAUAUUUUUGUUAUUAGUUAUGGAAAAGGUUCAUCCCAUAUUUUGCCUUGCC